UCGUAUUUGUCGUUAAGCAAAAUUAACAAAUGCGAUUAGUCAAUUUCAAUGGAAUAACCGAAUGGUUUAAGGUAAUCGGAGUUGUGAAAAUCGUGUACCUGCGUCGUUGUGCGCAAGCGUGGCACAUGAAGAAAAAUUCAAGUUUGAGAUACGACGACUACGUUAGGCGUGCUGGAUUCACCACUGUUUUCAAAGGCAAAACAGAAGAUACUGAUAAUAACCGCGAGCCGAGGAAGAUAUGAAUUCUAACGAAUCGAGAGACCAUCAGUGGCAUCACGAACGCGGAUAUCGUGAUAACAAAGGUAGAAAGGAGAGAACAAAUGGAGUUGCAACCACGGCACUCUUGGUUUCAGAGGCCACAGCACAGCAUCAAAAAUCUUUGUCGGAUAACACACGAAGUACGCUUUGUUGAGAACUUGCGUGGCCUUUAUAGCGCACGUUUUUCUAAAACUGGCAAAGUUAUAGCCGCGGGUUUUGGCAGUGGUAGUAUUCAGAUUUGGAACGGUGAAACUGGUGAGCUAGAAGAAACGCUCAGAUCUGGUCUGGCUAGCUCCAUGCCGAUCAUGUGUUGUAGAUUCAAUCCAAUCCACAACGAGAUCUUCUACGCGUCUAGCGCCUGCGGAAUGAUCUUUGCAUGCAACACACACACAAAAGAAAUUUCCAGAUUUGUAAUUGAGCCAAAGAACGAGGUGAAUACGAUAGAUGUUAACAUUACUGGAGAUUACUUGGUUUCCGGCGGUAAAGAUGCAGCUGUUCGACUUUAUAAUACACAAACCGCUAAAUUGAUACUAGUAUAUAAAAACAAAGAAGUUUUGACAGAAAGUAAAAUCGCAAACUUUCAUCGAAUGAGAAUAUUUGCCGCAAAAUUUCACAAAGAAUAUCCUGAUCUAAUCAUAACUGGUGGCUGGGACGACACUGUUCGGAUUUGGGAUAUCAGAGUCCCGACUGGUUCAAUAAGAAUUAUUAAAGGUCCUCAUAUAUGCGGCGAUGCCAUCGACAUGCACGAAACGUGUAUCCUGACAGGCUCUUGGAUAGUACGCGAUAGUCUGCAAGUAUGGGAUCUGACGAGCGCAAAACUCAUCGACACAAUAAAUCCGUAUAACAGACUAUCGACUUUGAACGGCGAAUUUCUUUACGCAGUGCAAUAUUUUAACGGGAAUUCUCAUGGUGAUCUUGUCCUGGCUGGAGGUUCCGGUACUGGAGUAGUUGAAGUGAUUAGUUUAAAAGAAAAGAAGGUAAUGGGAAAUUUCGGUGCAAAUCGGCCAAUAUUCACCAUAGAUAGCUAUCAAACCACAAUAAUAUUUGGUGGCAUGGAAUCUGUGUUAAAACUUGGAGAUUACAAUUCUUUUAAUUCAAAUUGUUAAAUCUUAUUAUAAAUAUAUAUA